AUGGUAAAUUCAGAAGUGAGAUUUAUAUUCGAUACCCGUGCAAAAAUCGUGGAAUACAUCAGAAGCUCUCUUAAGAAUCUUGAUUUCAUGGAGGUUGAAACUCCGAUGUUGAACACGGUUGCUGGUGGGGCAGCUGCCCGACCAUUUGUGACACAUCACAAUGAUUUGGAUAUGAGACUCUUUAUGAGAAUUUCCCCUGAACUUUAUCUAAAAAAGCUUGUUGUUGGUGGACAUGAUUGUGUUUAUGAGAUUGGAAAACAGUUUAGGAAUGAAGGGAUUGAUUUGACACAUAAUCUAAAGUUUACUACUUGUGAAUUUUAUAUGGCUUAUGCUGACUACUAUGACUUGAUGGAGAUAACUGCAUAA